GGAAGUAAACAUGCCACAGAUUCGUCAGCUUUGUUUGGAUAUCAUUGAAUAAUCACAUGGAUAGUAAACGGAUGGAGAUGAAACAGCAAGUACUUAGAUUGUGGUCAUUAUUAUAUUUAUCUUGAUUAGCAUCAAUGAAGCUGAUCAGAGAUGUUGAUCAAGAUCAUAAAGAAAACCUAAACCUUUCCCUCUUCCCUUUUUUUCAACCAUCUAGUCUUACCCUCUUUUUCUCCUUUUUUCUGCUUCUCUCCAUUCUCCCUUCUUAUUUUCUUACUCUCUUCCUCAUGAUAGUUACCACCUCUUACUCACUCAUUCACUCAGAUCUUCCUUCUCUCUGAGUGCUAAUCAAAUACACUACUGACUUACCGAUAUAUUUUCAGUACUGAACCUGUCUUCGUGAAAUCUGUUUGUUCUCAAAAUAACCUCAGUUAUACAAUCGAUCCUACAGUUCCAUCAGCUUUGUUUAGCAAAAAAAAGUGAGAUUAAGUCAACAAACUUAUACUCUCGUCAAUUCAGCGGAUUUUUAUUGUUUAGUUAAAUUAAUAUCGAUGUCUUCUCAAUCUACCAACUGUGUUACCAAUGGUGGACCCAAGAUUAACGGGCCAUCCACACUACCACCAAUUACAUCAACUAUAACAACAAAUGGUCAUGUUCAUCCCAAUCUCCAGCAACAUUCACAACGAACAAAUGAUGUAGGUAUUUUGGCUCUCGAAAUGUACUUCCCUUCCGUCUACGUUGAUCAAACUGAAUUGGAAAAAUACGAUGGUGUAUCUGAGGGUAAAUACACUAUUGGUUUGGGUCAAACUCGGAUGGGCUUUUGUUCAGAUCGAGAGGAUAUUCAAUCUCUCUGUUUAACAGUUACCCAUCGAUUAUUUGAGAAAACGGGUGUUUCUCCUAAAGAUAUUGGUUUUCUCAUGGUGGGUACCGAAACAUUAGUUGACAAAUCUAAAUCUGUGAAAUCCGUUUUGAUGCAACUUUUCGAGGAAUCAGGUAAUGGGGAUGUUGAAGGUGUUGAUACAACAAAUGCAUGUUAUGGAGGAACAGCAGCGCUUUUUGCAGCAGUCAAUUGGAUUGAAUCAAGCUCCUGGGAUGGAAGAUAUGCUCUCGUAGUCGCCGGUGAUAUAGCCAUCUAUGCAUCCGGUAGUGCUCGUCCCACUGGUGGAGCAGGUGCUGUAGCUAUGCUCGUAGGACCUAAUGCGCCAUUAUCUUUUGUUCGAGGAGCACGAGCUACUCACAUGGCGCAUACCUACGAUUUCUACAAGCCUCAUAUGGAUUCCGAGUAUCCGGUUGUUGAAGGUAAACAAUCUAUAAUUUGUUACACGCAAGCAGUUGACCGUUGUUAUCAACUAUUUACCUCUAAGUAUGAGAAUGUCUUGCGUAAAGAGGCUGCUUCUGCUAAUGCUGUUGUUGCUGGUCAGGUUAAAAGUGUCAAUGGUGGCCUUAAUGGUGAUGUUAAAAGUCCUAAAUUGAUUGACAGCAAACUUGAUGUUAAGAUGAGACUUCAAGAUUUUGAUGGUCUUCUAUUCCAUUCGCCUUACUGUAAAUUGGUUCAAAAAUCGGUUGCUCGUUUAUCAUUGAAUGAAUUUCUUCGUGAAGACAAUCCUGACUAUGAUGGAUACCAUAAAGGAUGUGAAAAAUUUCGCAAAAUAAAAUUGGAAGAAACUUAUUUCGAUAGAGAUUUAGAGAAACAUUUCAUCUCUCAAUCUUCCGAACUGUUUAAGCAGAAAACUCAAUCAUCAUUGUUAUUAGCAACCCAAGUUGGUAACAUGUACACUGCUUCACUCUAUUCUUGCCUUGUUUCUUAUUUCCUCAGCAAACCUUUGGAAGAUAUCGCUGGUAAAAGAAUACUAUUAUUCUCGUACGGAUCCGGAAUGGCUGCUUCAAUGUUUUGUUUACAAAUUUCACCUGACGUGUCAACAAAUUCACCAUUGGAAAGACUUUAUAACGGAAUCAAAGAUGUAUCAGUACAACUGAAACGCCGAAAUAAGAUAGCACCUGCAUCAUUCGUUGAAACUCUUAAACUUAGAGAGGAGACUCACCACUUGUGCCCUUAUACACCUAAAGGCCCCAUUGAUAACCUUUUCCCCGGAACUUACUAUCUUGAUAAAAUUGAUAAUUUGUUCAGAAGAGAAUAUAAAAGGGUACCAGUUUCAUCAUGCAUUGAUAAAGAUUUGUCACCAACAAACUCAACAUCUUCAUCUACAACACAAUCACCGGCAUCACCAAUAUCUUAGUUUUUGCAACUUGAACAAAAAUCAACAAACACGACAAAUUUUUGCCAAAAUCAUGUUAAUCAGAUUUUUAUUUAUAUAUAAUAAUUGGUUACAUUAUUAUACGAUGUGCGUGUUUGAUGACCUUUCAAUACAAAACAAACUCGUAAUCAAUUAUAUGGUGCAAAAAAAUGCAGAGAAACAUUUAGAGAAACAAUAUUUUGUUAUGCGACCAGUUAUUGUUAACGUUUUUUCAACUCUCGAGAAAUUUAGUGAAUACUUUGCACUGAAUUUGCUAGUUUGAUAUAAAUUAAUUGUUGUUAAUAUAAAAUUAAUAUUGAAAAAUAUAAAAUGAAAAAAAUGUAACAAUUUUUUCCACAAUCUGAGACUCCGUUUAAUAUUUUCCUUUUUAAUUUCUUAGCGUGACUGAAUGAAUUGUUUUCAUGUAUCAAUUCUGAAAAUCAAAUCUAAACUCUAAUCUAACUCGAAUCAACCAACAAUCAAAAUUAAACCAAGUUGCCAAUUAAAUUGUUUAUGAAACUUA